AUGUCCGACUUCAAGUAUACGGGGUAUGUCCCGGGCCGCGAGUUGGUUGUCGAAAUCGACAAGAUUCUUCGUGCAGCUGGAAUUCCGAGUGUCCUCUGGCACCACGUCUUGAUGGACAUAUAUGGUGUUCCUAUGAUCGGACUGGUUAUUGACUUCGUCAUUCCCGAUCAUCAGAUAGACGCAGCGGUCCAGGCUCUGAAAGACGCGAACUUCUCCGAUGGCGACGAUAAAGACAUCGCUGGCAGUUGCCAUUGGAAUUGCAGGAAGAAGAAAGAGGACAUCCAAACCACAGCCCCCUGGCCCUGUCACUGGUUCCACUUGCACUCGGCCCCGUGGACGCCGGACCUCCCAUUCUCUGAAGACGAAUUCAAUAGCAUGUCACGGGGGCAUUUCCAUUCUGACAUCUGCCUACAUCGAAAGUCAGAGACCUUAUGGGCACUCCCAGAUCCGAGUCUCGAAGACCCGGCGCCAGAUGACCCUAAUUACAUGCUGGCAACCGACCCCCGGCUUCCCGACGGGGAAUUUCCCGUUCUCAGCCGUGGCCGCUACACCGUGCCCGGCUGCCGAGUCCAGAUCCCGACCCCCACCCGUUUCACGGAGUCCCUGAUCCUCAACAUAGUGCGGGAACUUGAAAUGGUGGACCAUGGUUUCUUCUGGGAACAUAAAUUGAAAUAUAUGGGUCAGUAUGUGUACAAGAAGUCAAUUGAUGAGGAUUUUCUCAGCCCUGCUACGCUGGAUCCGUCGCUUGGAAAGAUUUGGAAGGCAUAUUUGAAGAGCCCUGCCCCUGUGAUGGAGUUUCACCGCAAGCACUUUAUUCCCUUGCGGGAGGCUCUGAUUAGGAAGGGUACGCUUCCGGAUACUGCGGUUCCAUGGGUGAUGACGGCCGACGAAGAGAUGGUCUUGGUAUACGCAAGGGCUGCUGAGGAUAGGGCCAUUCGUGAAAGGUACGCUGCUGAAAAAGCUGCCGCUGGAACGGAUGCCACUGGAACGGAUGCCGCUGGAACGGAUGCCCGCUGA